CCGUGCGCCCGCCCGCAACCCACUCCCGCACCCCCUGCCCCUACCUCCCCCACGGGGUACCCCGCAGCUCUCCUCCCGCUUCCGCGCUCCCCUCCCCCCCGCCGGGCGCCGCUUCCCCGCUCCCGCUCCCUCCGCGUCUUUUCCUCUCCCCUCCCCGCGAAGUUUCGGGGCUGUCAGUCUGUCAGUCUUUCGGGCAGUCGGCACCCGAGCUACAGGCAGCGGGCGCCAUUGCGAGCAGAACCGGCCGGGGCAGGAGGCCGGGGCGCCUGGGUCCCGCCACAGCGGGGAGGGCCGACCCGCCAGCCCGCCAGCUCCAGCAAGUGACAGCUGGAGGGCCCAGGAGAUGAAGUUCCCGGCUCCCCACCCCGAUCUUCCAUCUCCACCUCCUCCCCAGAGAGUCGAUUGAUUCCUCACGUCCCCAGGGUCUGUGGCCUGAUCCCCAGGAGGAGCUACCCUGGGUUGCCAUGAGAGAGACCUUUGAGGCCCUCAGCUCCCUGGGAUUCUCUGUCGGACAGCCGGAGAUGGCCCCCCAAAGUGAGCCCGGGGAAGGGUCCCAUAACCAGGAACAGAUGUCCCCUUCCAGGGAAGACAGCAUGCUGGGCACAUGCUCUGGACACGAGGUCCCCAGACCAGAGGAAGGCGGCCACACUAAAGAAGCUGAAGCUCCCUGCAGAGGAGGCCAGGCAUGCACACCACAGAAGGCUGAGCCCAUGGGCUCCUGCCCAGGAGAUGAGUGGAUGAUUCGGAAGGUGAAGGUGGAGGAGGAGGAUCAGGAGGCGGAAGAGGAAGUCGAAUGGCCCCAGCAUCUGUCGUUACUCCCUGGCCCCUUUCCCGCUCCGGACCUGGGGCCUCUGGCCGCCACAUACAAGCUGGAGCCCGGGGUCCCAGGGGCCCUGGAUGGGCUCGCGCUGGCCGGGUGGGCCCCGCCUUCGGAGAAGCCCUACGGCUGCGGGGAGUGCGAGCGGCGGUUCCGGGACCAGCUGACUCUGCGGCUGCACCAGAGGCUGCACCGCGGCGAGGGCCCCUGCGCCUGCCCGGACUGUGGCCGCAGCUUCGCGCAGCGCACGCACCUGCUGCUGCACCAGCGCAGCCACCUCGGCGAGCGGCCCUUCCCCUGCUCCGAGUGUGACAAGCGCUUCAGCAAGAAGGCUCACCUGACCCGCCACCUGCGGACGCACACCGGCGAAAGGCCCUACCCGUGCGCGGAGUGCGGCAAGCGCUUCAGCCAGAAGAUACACCUGGGCUCGCACCAGAAGACGCACACGGGCGAGCGGCCCUUCCCCUGCACCGAGUGUGAGAAGCGCUUCCGCAAAAAGACUCACCUGAUCCGCCACCAGCGCAUCCACACCGGCGAGCGGCCCUACCAGUGCGCGCGGUGCUCGCGCAGCUUCACGCACAAGCAGCACUUGGUGCGGCACCAAAGGGUGCACGAGGCGGCCGGCCGCACCCCGGCCUCUCCCGACGCGCCCGCUUCGCCCGGUUCCCCCGCUCCGUCCCCCACCCGGUCCCCUCCCGGGCCCAAGCCUUUCUCUUGCGCCACCUGCGGCCUGAGCUUCGGCUGGAAGAAGAACCUCGCCACUCACCAGCGUCUGCACCGCGGCGACGGGCGCCCCUUCGGGUGCGACGAGUGCGCCCUGGGCACCGCCGGGGACCCAGCGCCCGGAGGCACACCGGCGACCCAGGGCGCUCCGGCCAGCGAGCGGCCCUGCUGCCCGGACUGCGGGCGCGGCCUCGCCCCCGGGCAACACCCGGCGCGGCACGGACGGGCGCACGCGGGCGAGCGGCCCUUCGCCUGCGCGCAGUGUGGCCGCCGCUUCGGCUCCAGGCCCAAUCUGGUCGCCCACGCCAGGGCCCACAGCGGCGCCAGGCCUUUCGCCUGCGCGCAGUGCGGCCGCCGUUUCAGCCGCAAGUCACACCUUGGCCGCCACCAGGCGGUGCACACGGGCAGUCGGCCCCACGCCUGUGCCGUCUGCGCCCGCAGCUUCAGCUCCAAAACCAAUCUGGUGCGCCACCAGGCCAUCCACACGGGCUCCCGCCCCUUCUCCUGCCCGCAGUGCGGCAAGAGCUUCAGCCGCAAGACCCACCUGGUGCGGCACCAGCGCAUCCACGGCGAAGCGGCCCAGCCGGCCUCCGACGCUGACCUCUCAGCCCCAGCCUGGCCCACUCCCACAGAGGUAGGGGCGCCCCCCCUUUUCUUCUGAACCCUCUCCUCCCCAGGACCCUUCCUCGGCUCACUGGUUGGAGAGAUCCAUGCCGCAGAUCUUCUGGGCGGUGAGCACGAUGGCCUGGGUGGCGAUGGCUGUCCUUCCCUCCUUAUGGUGCCGGAGAGAAGUCCGGAAAGGAUAACCAGCUUUGACAUUCUGUGACAAAGACAAUGCUAAGAAUGAACACUUGCUGGGAACAGUUCAGGCCCCAGUCCUGGAAAGAAUCCCACCAAGAGACCCCAUCAGAAAGCAGACAUUUGUUUUUUGGAGCCCACACUGGCUACGGCCUGGCUGGGUCAGCAGCCUCUACAGGGGGAGUGAAAGAAUGGUCAUCUGUGUGAAGUGUUAUUAAAAUUAAAAUCUGAAGUUCUGGGGCUAUUAAAUGAGCACAGGGUGGGAACCCAUUGCCUCUUCUCAACCACUGCCCACCUCAGUCCUCCCAAGGACCAUCCCUUCCUAUCCGGGGUAAGCUAAAUUUAGCCAGUUGCUGAAAAUGGGCUCUACCAAAUGAAAAUAUAAUAGAGUUAAUUGCUAAACCACUGUCCCGGCUCCUGCUUCUAGAUCAGCCAUUUGAUGGAAGAAACAUUAACAUGCAUUUCUCAUUGGAAGUGUUGAGGCUAGAGCUGUAGGGAAUGCAGAGGGGGCAGGGUGCCCUUUGGCCAUUCCCACAAGACAGUGUGACACACCGUGGGCUCUGGAUCUUUCCCAAGGGGAUAUUGGGACAGCAGCCCCACCCUGCUUGGCAGUGUGAGGAAGGACAAGAGCAGCAGAUGAAGGUUGCUUUCCCAACACAAUUUCCCCUAAGUUCUGUCUUUAUGAUGGAUGCCUGAUCCAGAUGUCCCUGUAACUGCAUGUGCCCAGCCAGGGCUGGCUGGCUGGUAGGCAGUGAAGAGCAGAGUAGGACAAAGGGGAACAUGCUGGACUUGGAGAAGGCUUGGGCCUGACCCCUCCUGUGCCUCUUGUAGGACCUGGAGCAGAGCAUUCAUUUUCCUGGGACUCUGCUUUCUCAUUACCAUAGAUUGUUGGUUGAUGAGGGCUGAGGCAAUUUCCAACUCUAGCAUUACUAUGACCAAAAACAACCUUAGCAAAUAUUUACUGGGUGCCUACUGCAUGCCAAACACUAUGCUAGGUAGUAAGCGAGACAGACAGACUUGCAAGAAAUGUAAGAAAUCCUAGGCUAGGGCAAGCUGAGAAGCCUUUGGUGAAGGCACCUAAAAUCAAGGAAAUGUCGAGAGAGGUUUGCAAGAUGAGGACACCUCUAAUGUGAGGCCUAAAGAAUGAGCAUGAGUGGCCAGAUGAAGGGGGAGAGGAUGUGCAUGUAGAGGUCCAAAGUCUAGCACAGUUGGAGUGCCGAGUGAGCGUGGAAUGAGAGGGCUGCCCAAGUAGCCCGGGAAUGAGGACGAGGACAGGUAGACCUGGAAAGCCUUCAGCACAGAUGAGGGAGUUCAGAUUUUACCCAGGGCAACAGGAAGCCAUGCAAGGGUUUGGGCAGAGCAGGAAUAGGAUGACGUUGACAUGGAUGCAUUUUAGAAAGAUGACUGGCUGCCUUUAAAGAGGGGCUGGCGGGAGACCUGCAGGUGUGCAGUCCAGGUGACAGGUGGUGGAGACUGUGGACCACAGCUGUGCCAGAGGAGAUGGAGAGAAGUAGAAGACCGAAGAGACACUCACCAGGUACAGGAUGGAGAGGGAGAUGGAGGGUGGCGAGGUUGGCCUGAUUUCUGCUUGACAGUGGCAUUCCCCUGAGAUGGGCAACACAGGAGGAGGAGCAGUUCUGCCCCCUGGGGAGCAGUCUUAGAUCUGCUGAGAGGAUGGAACCAGUGCGUGCCUAGUAGGAAGCAGGCCCUGUGGGUGCAAGCUCCGAAGGGGGCCUAGGCUGGAGAGAGGUCUGAGGCCCGUUGGCAUGUUUCUCAAGCUGUGGGGCAGUGGAUGAUCCACAAGAAGUGAGUGUGGAGCCAGCAAAGAGGGGGCCUUGGACAGAGCCGUCGGGAUACUCAUGUUCAGGGGAUGGUGUGCAGAGAAGCCUGGAAAGACUGGGAGCGUGCGGUGCCAGAGAGUGAAAAGGGAAACCCUGAGAUGCACAGCAGGGCUGAGCAAAGGCAGUGUUUCCAGAGAGAGGAAGAAGUCAGCAGCUGAAGGCCGUCAAGAGGUCACGUAAUAAGAACUUCCAAAUCCUCUGGAUUUUGCAGCAAGGAGAUCGAUGGUGGCCUUGGUGAGAGCUGCUCCUGGGGCAGUGGGGACAGAAUUCAGGUUGCAGUGGUGAAUCACAAAUGCACAGUUCCACAGAAGGUAGAAGAAAAUGAGACCAAGGUGCCAGUGAGGUACAAGGUGCUACUGAGGUAGGUUAGUUAGGAGGCCUCUCUGACUGUAAAGUGAAGGAAGGCACACACGUGCAUGGGAAUGCAGUUAAUUUACCUUUUGU